AUGUCGCUCAUCCAGCUGUACAUCCCAUCCGAUGUCGCGCGCUACACGGUCUCGCAGCUUGGCGAGCUUGGCCUGGUGCAGUUCCGCGACCUCAACGCCGAGGUCACGGCCUUCCAGCGCUCAUUCGUCAACGAUGUGCGCCGCUUCGACGAGAUCGAGCGCAAGCUGCGCUACCUGCGCGCCCAGAUCGACUUGUCGGGCGUCGAGGUCUACGAUUUUUUCGACGACCGCUUUGUCAGCACGGCGCGCGGCCCCCGCGACAUUGACGACAUGGAGGAGCGCAUUGCCGCCCACGAGGGCCGCGUCCAGCGCCUCGCCGCCGCGUACAAGGAGAUGCACGCCAACCACAUCGAGCUCGUCGAGAACAUGCACGUGCUGCAGGAGGUCUCGUCGCUGUUUACCGAGAUCACCGGCCGCCACAUCGGCUCCAUGGACGCUGCCGGCGCCUUUGACGUCGAGCUGGGCGCGUCUGCCGCCGCAGCCGCCGCUGCCGCCGGCCGCGACAUUAACAUCGGCUUUAUCUCGGGUGUCAUUGCGCGCGACCGCAUCGCCACGCUGGAGCGCGUGCUGUGGCGCUCGCUGCGCGGAAACAUGUUCCUCAACUACAUCGACAUUGAGGCCCCCAUCCAGGAUAACACCGCCGAGGACGGCGCCGCACCCGUCUACAAGAGCGCAUUCAUCGUCUUUGCCCACGGCGACUCGCUGCGCGACCGCGCAACCAAGAUCGCCGAGAGCCUCGGCGCCACGCUGUACCGCGUCGACCCGCGCGCCGAGCGCCGCCAGGAGGACCUCAUCGACACCAUGUCGCGCCUCGACGACCUGCGCCUGAUCCUCGACAACAAUGCCGUUGCGCGCGCCAACGAGCUGGCUGCCGUCGCCGAGCACAUCACCACGUGGCUCGCCAUCGUGCGCAAGGAGAAGGCCACGUACCACGCCCUCAACCUGUUCAACCACGAUGCAAACCGCAACUGCCUGAUCGCCGAGGGCUGGUGCGCGGCCAACGACAUUCCGGCCAUCCAGUCAGCCCUGCACCUGGCCACUGAGGACGCCGGGUCCACCGUGCCCACCGUGCUGCACGAGCUGCGCACCACCAAGCAGCCGCCGACCUUUGUGCGCACCAACCGCUUCACCGAGGGCUUCCAGAACAUUGUCGACGCGUACGGCGUGCCCAAGGCUGGCGAGGUCAACCCCGGCCUGUUCACCAUCAUCACCUUCCCGUUCCUCUUUGCGCUGAUGUUUGGCGACCUGGGCCACGGCUUUCUGAUGACCCUGUGCGCCGCACUGCUUUGCAUCUACGAGAAGAAGCUUGCCUGGAUGGCCAAGGACGAGUCCAUGCGCAUGUUCUACUCGGGCCGUUACAUCGUCCUGUUGAUGGGCAUCUUCUCGAUGUUCACCGGCUUCAUCUACAACGACAUCUUCUCGCGCGCCAUGUCCGUCUUUGCGUCCGGCUGGGCCUGGCCCACUACCCAUGGCGGCGAGGGUGUCAUCGUCGAGGCCACCAAGCUUGCUCAUACCUAUGCCGUUGGCAUUGACCCCGCCUGGCACCACGCCAGCAACUCGCUGCUCUUCACAAACUCGUACAAGAUGAAGAUGUCCAUCGUGCUCGGCGUCAUCCACAUGACCCUGGGAAUCUGCCUGCAAGUACCCAACGCGCUGCACUUCAAGAAGCGCAUCAACAUCAUCCACGUCUUUGUGCCUCAGAUCAUCUUCCUGUUCUCCAUCUUUGGCUACCUGGUCUUCACAAUUAUCUUCAAGUGGUCGACCGACUGGUACGCGCGCGAUGCCGCCGGCCAGCUCACGCACAUCAGCCCGCCAAGUCUGCUCAACAUGCUCAUCUACAUGUUCCUCAGCCCCGGCUCCGUCAACGAGUCCGAGCGCAUGUUCCGCGGCCAGGCCUUCCUGCAGACCUUCCUGCUGCUGACUGCCCUCGUGUGCGUGCCCUGGAUGCUGCUCGUCAAGCCCCUUAUCAUGCGCCGCGAGCACCGCAAGAUUACCUCUGAGGGCUACGGCCGCAUCUCGAGCCACGUCCGCGUCAGCACCGAGGCCGAUGGCAUGGCCGGCGCCAUCAUCGUAGCCGAGCAGGAGGAGAUGCAGGCCGACGACUUUGACUUUGCCGACAUCAUGAUCAACCAGUCCAUCCACACCAUCGAGUUCUGCCUCAACUCUAUCUCCAACACUGCGUCGUACUUGCGCCUCUGGGCACUCAGCCUGGCCCACGCCCAGCUGUCCGAGGUCCUGUGGUCCAUGAUCUUCUUGCCCACCCUCAAGAUCACUGGCUCGUACAAGCCCUUCGCCAUCAUGUUUGGCUUUGCCGUCUGGUUCGUGCUCACCUUUGGAAUCCUCAUUGGCAUGGAGGGCCUCUCGGCUUUCCUCCACGCCCUGCGUCUCCACUGGGUCGAGUUCAACAACAAGUUCUACGACGGCACCGGCGUCAAGUUCGAGCCAUUCUCGUUCAAGGCCGUUCUCGACGAAGCCGAUGACCAGUAG